AGGGGAAUGGAAUCUGGAAAAUAAUCAGGAAUGGAGGGGGUGGUAUACUAUGAAUAAUUGUUAAACUAGGGUUGGGGCUAGGACUGCACAGGGUUUGCCACUUUUAUUUUCUAGCAGUUUCCCCCCGUAACAGUCACAUGCCAGGCAGACAUUCAACAAGUGAAGGUUUUUUUCCAUCAUUGUGUCUCCAAACGCUGCCCCUGUUUAAUUUCUCUUUGGCGUUAGAGGCACACAGGAGUGGUUUUCUUUGGGAAGAUGAUACUCCUCACUUUACUGGCAAAACCACUGACCUGCUGUGUCAGACACGAUUUUAGGAAGGUGCAUCGCUCAGGAGCAGAGUACCUGCUUUGAAUGAAGAAGGUCCAAGGUUCACUCCCCAACAUCUCCAGGCCUUGUCAGAGAUGGUUCUGCAUAAGGAAGUUCCCAAAGUCCACAUUUUCAGCACGAGGGCCGGAGAUGUGAUUGUCCGCCCUGACCUGAACUGUUACCUACUCCUCUCCAAUUUACCAACCUCGCCCUGCGCUGAGCUCUGGCCUUUGCACCCUUCCCUACAGAAUGGUGAACACUAUUUCAGCUCCCGUUGGCACAACUCCGUCUACGUCAUCAGGGACAACAAACUCCUGGAAACCCAGGACCUGUGUACAGAGCCUAGAGGACAGGCCCGUCGCCUGCAUCCCAGCUGCUGCACCGGGCAACAUUACUUUAUUGUUGCCGGUGGCUCCUUUGGCAUUAUUCUGAGCCCAGGCACCGUGACGGCAGUAAGGGACUUGACCACAGGGGAGCCAGAUCCAGAUGUGGACCCAGGACACCAUCAAUGGUCCAACGAGAAAAUGGGAAGCCAACGCAGUUACCUCUAUUGGCAGCUGUGGGAUAACUUCAGUGGAGAAUUCUUCUCUUUCCACCCCAGCGUUCUCAGUUUCUUGCCGGGAGGCCUUGGCCUCGCCAAGGGGCCUGCAUUCGGGGCCUGGGAGCUGCUGAAGACUCUCCACAACUACUCCAACGUCCCCAUCACCAAGCUACAGGGAGUCUUCCGGAAAGUGGGCUGCGCCAGAGACAAGCUGGCUGACGUCGGGUGCGGCUGGAUGGUGGCAUCCCUGCCCGAUUCUCCAGAGGUAGGCUCUGUUGCCAUGGCGCUAGCCAAGGCCCAGUUUGCGUUACCAAGCCAAUACGGGGGAGUGGGCCUAAACACAGAGCAGGAGGAAUGGAGAGACACCUGUGAGAAGGAGGAGACCCUGCAACUCACGCUACAGCCUGAAGAAGUUGCCUACGUGUGGCAGUAUCGGCUAGGCCUAGGGAAAGAGGCCAUCUUAUUUUGCAGGGAAAUUGCGGUCACUCACAGCUGUGACCCGCCCUCUGAGGUCCCUCUGCCUUCUUCAUCCUGAAAAUCGACCUGCUCUCAGGGGAACCUCAACGUAUUUCUGUACACCGCUUGGGUAUUCUUGAAAUUCAGAUUCUGAAAUAAAUAAACUCAGUAAAUCAGAGGCGGGGAACCUGUGGCCUUCCAGAUGUUGGUCUCCAACUGCCAUCAGCCUCAGCCAGCAUGACCAAUAGUCAGGGCUGAUGGGAGUCACAAUCCAGCAACAUCUGGAGGGCAACAGAUUCCUCAUCCCUAAUAUAAAAGAUUUCUUGGGGAGUGUGUGUGUGUGUUUGCAUUCACAAGAGCUUAAUAAACUGCUUAAACACACUUUUUAUUCUUGAUUGAACCAAGGACUUGCCAAAUCUCACCACGAGAUGAGAAUCCAUUCUAAUGCAUCUGUGGUUAAUUAUUUUGAUAAAUGGAUUCCCCACCCCUCUGGCCUCCAUGCAGUGGUGUAGAGUAGAAUUUCCUAAAGUGGCAAAUAAUGCCCCCUCCCAUGGCCAAUGGGAGUGUGCAAUGGGACCUAGGGGUCAAAAGGAGAUAAAAAAUGGCCUUGGGGUAGAAAAGAAGAUCACGAGGUAUAGUGAGAAAAAAAUAAUUACAAACUAUAAGCCUCAGGAAUAAAGAGCAUGGGCAUGUACAGAGUACACCUCCCUUGCCAUUGCAGAAUCUCUAUAUUCAAUAAAAUGAUUCCACAAUGCAACAGUAUUAUCGUUUACAUUUUAUGAUUCCUGGUAAUGGUGACUGAUGAUUAAUAAAUGUUGAUUAUAUAUUGA